AUGAUAAGUGUGGCCAGGCCCAUGCUACGGGUCAAUCACCUGGCCCUCAUCAUCGACGGGAACAGAAGAUACGCAAAAUAUAUGAGUAUUAAGCCUUCUGAAGGACACAUGAAAGGAUUCCACAAGCUAUUAGAGAUUAUUGAGUUCAGUAGUCUUCUAGGGGUAAAGACGGUUACAAUAUACGGAUUCUCGCUACAAAACUUCAAUAGGACUCGUGUAGAGAUAUCUGAGCUACUUAACAUGAUCGUGGAAAUGUCUGGAGAAGGCUCGCAACUAGAUGGGUUCACAAAAAGGGUUAGGUGCCGAGUCAGAUUCUGCGGAGACUUCAGUUUUCUGGGCAAAGAUAUAAGGAACAUUCUGAAUAAGAUCUCGGAAGACACAUCGGAAUUUAACAAGAUAACUCUGAAUAUUUGUGCCUCAUACGGAGCCAGGAAUGAAAUCGCGAACGCGUUGAAAAAAACAAGCUCAACAAGGUUGUUUAGACCACCCUGA